AUGGAGGGGGAAGACGGGGAUAAACAAGCUACGAAACUGUUAGCAACAAAAACUUCAGCACAAAUGUAUGCCGAGCGAUUGACUGAGCUUGCCGUUGCCAUGGGAUUUGAUGGUUGGCUGAUUAAUAUGGAGGUAGAUUUGGUUCGUGCACAAGUUCCGGUUCUCGAAGAAUUCGUGAGCCACUUGAGCCAGACUAUGCACUCUUCGUUACCUGGUUCAUUGGUUAUAUGGUACGAUAGUGUUACGGUUGAUGGGUUUCUUGACUGGCAGAAUAAAUUAAAUGAUAAAAACAAAGCUUUCUUCGACAGAUGUGACGGCAUAUUUCUGAAUUAUUCUUGGGAGGAAGAAUAUGCUAAGCAAUCGGCUGAUGUUGCCGGUGAUAGAAAAUUUGAUGUGUAUAUGGGCAUUGAUGUUUUUGGAAGAAGCACGUUCGGUGGCGGACAGUGGACCACAAAUGUUGCCCUUGAUGUGAUAAAGAAGAAUAACAUUUCAGCAGCCAUAUUUGCUCCGGGAUGGGUCUAUGAAACUAAGCAGCCCCCCGACUUUCAGACUGCUCAAAAUCGAUGGUGGGGGCUUGUCGAGAAAUCAUGGGGAACUGUACCCAAGUAUCCGAAACUACUUCCAUUCUACUCUAAUUUUGAUCAGGGACGUGGUUACCAUAUAUGUAUUGAUGGAGAGCAAGUCUUUAGCACUCCUUGGAACAACAUUUCUUCCCAAGGCUUUCAACCUCUUAUUGAGUAUCCCGGAGACUCUCCCACUCAACCAAUCCAAGUUUCCGUUAAUUUGAAGGAAGCGUCUUAUAGUGGUGGAGGAAACAUCGUUUUUCGAGGAACUCUUGCUCUUAAGGCUGAAUUCACAGCAAGACUCUUUCAGGGGGAGCUCCUUUUGGGCAACUCACCACUUCACAUUACAUAUUCUGUUAAAUCUAGUGAAAACUCUAUGCUAGGUCUUGCUCUGAAAACCUCGUCCGCCAACAACGAGAAAACCUCGGUUUUUUUAGCCGCCUCGGAAAAUACCUCGCUCACAAUAAUGAACCAAUUCAGCAAAGUGAUAAUGCCACAUAAAGUAACCAAUUUGGGAGCAGAUCAACCUGGAUGGGUCAUGCAAGAAACCAGCAUUCAAAUGAAAGGACAAGUAUUAGAAGAGAUUCGAGCCGUAUGCUACAAAUCAAACCCCGAAAAAUCAUCCUCGUCCGAAUAUUAUGCAAUACUAGGUGAUAUCAAGAUUACUAGCAGCGGACAAACUCCGACAUUUCCACCGUCUUCUUCAUGGAUUGUCGAUGGUCAAUUCGUAAAUUGGACCUCGGAUCCUAAAGGAUCGAAACACCUUAGUGUUAAGAUAACAUGGAAACUGAAAGACGGCAAUAAUGCUGCCGAUAUUUUCACCAAGUACACUAUCUACGUCGAAAAGCUAACAAAGGAAUAUGAAUAUAUUGGUGUCGCUGCAGUACAAUCGUAUUAUAUAUCUGACCUAGAAGUGACAGCUGGCACAUCUAGUCUCAAGUUCAUCGUUCAAGCCUGUGGUCUUGAUGGAGCUUGUCAAAAGCUCGAAGAUUCUCCUUUCUUCUUAUUGCAAGUUCAAGGUUUAUUAUAUAUAUCUCGUAACAAAUACGAGAUGGAAAAGUGUAGUCGGUACAAAUGUGGAAGGAUACUCACCAUAAAAACCAUUGGAUGUUCAGAAAGGCUUUUCUAUUGCUGCUCUGUUCAUGGUUUCUCAUGUAAUAGCGAAAAUGGUGACGAAAAAGGGUACAAUGGUCCUAAAAUAAUGCAAAAGGAUGAUUCUGUCGAAGUGCCAACAUAUAAAACACGAGUCGUCCUACGUGUGGUUUAUAUGUUACUCACUGUAAACCUAUUCAUUUUACUCGUGUACAUGUCAUCUCGCCUAUUUUUGAAAUAUCAGAAAUAA